AUGCCCCGUGCCAAAGUCAAUACUCGUAAAGCUGAAUCUGAUUCUGACCCCUCCACCCCACCGGUUCACAAGUCUAAAUCUCGUUCCACCAGAUCAAGACCAUCCCAUCUCAGGUCCAAACCAAAGAAGUCUAAUCACAGCAGCGACAGCUCCGAUUGGAGUUCCACCUCUGAUUCUGGAUCUGACCUAGACAAUCAAACGGCUCCCGACGAGGAUCAAGUUCGAGACCAAGGGAAGAAAGGCAAGAGGUCAAAAGUCGCAAUAGACGAUUUGAAGAAGAUGAAGAAAGAAGAUCUUAUCGCUGUCAUCAAAGAGUUGAAAGGUUCUUCUUCUCCCGAAGAAGAGGACCCGGAACCGGAAGAACGAGCAUCUGAACUGGUGAAAUCUCUCAAGGGACCGAUGAUGCAACGACUUAACCUUCCUGUGGAAACUUUGAAUCAGAUUUGGGAAGAAGAGAAAAUUGCGUUGAAAGGGAGGUUGGAAACUUUUGAUACGGUCAACUUGCUGUCUCAGGUUCAGAGAUGGCACGACACGGAGAAGAAUUGCAGUGAUGACUUGAAAACCCAGUGGGAUCUAACAUAUGCUGAAGUGAAGAAACAGAUGUUAGAUUCUCUGUCAUGUUGGAGAGAAGCCAAAGCUCUUCAAGCUGAACAAGAAGCGGCGUUGAAAGAAUUCAUACCUAAAUGGAAUGCGAUGCGUGAAAGACAGAAGAAAGAAUUUGAGGAAAUUCAAACAAAGUUGGAAAAGUCUAAAAUCAAAAUCGCCGCCAAGAUGUCGAAAUGUACAGAUAUGGAAAAGAUAGAACAUGAUAUUCAAUUAUCUCAACAAGCUGUUCUUCAGAAGAUGCAGAGGGGACGUUGA